AUGUCUGGAAAGAAACGUUCUCAUGAAGGUGGUAAGAGUGGAAACCAGCAACAGAAGAAGAAAUAUAAGGUAGCUUCUGGGUUUAUAGAUCCAGGUACAUCAGGUAUAUAUGCAACAUGUUCGAGAAGACAUGAGAAGCAAGCAAUCCAAGAAUUAGGCUUGCUUUUUGAAGAAAAGAUGACAGAGUUGUAUUCAAAAGAAUUAAAGGAAUUGAACGAGACUGAAAUUGAUGAAGAUGAUGAAGGUAUAGAAAAGAAGAAGGAAGAAUUAUCAAUUGAAGAUCAAAUCAAACAGGAACUUGCUGACAUUCAAAGCAAAGAUUCUAAAGUUAAUAAAGAUGGCUCCAUUAUUAAAAGGAAAGAUCCUUUGAACUUCAUUGAUUUAAAUUGUGAAUGUGUUGUGUUCUGUAAAACUCGUAAACCAAUUGUACCAGAGGAAUUUGUUUCGAAGAUAAUUAAAGAUCUAGCCGACCCAAGCAGUUUAGAGAAGAGAACUCGUUAUGUCUUGAAAUUGACACCGAUUACAUAUUCAUGCAAUGCUACAAUGGAUCAGUUUAUACUAUUGUUGAAACGUAUUCUAACACCUCAUUUCCAUGAAGGUGAAAAUGCCACCAAGAAGUUGAAGUUUGCAGUUGAUGUUACCAGACGUAAUUUCAAUACCAUAGAGCGUAUGGAUCUGAUCACUACUGUGGUUAAAGAAGUUAUACAAGACGGUAAGUACGAACAUGAGGUAGAUUUGAAAAACUAUGACAAAUUAGUUCUAAUCGAAUGUUUUAAGAAUAAUAUUGGUGCAUCCGUUGUUGAUGGAAGCUAUACCACCAAGUAUAGAAAGUUUAACGUUCAGCAAAUAUAUGAACAAAAAUUUAAAGAUAAAGACGACAAGAAAUAA